AUGUCAGUGAAGCAAAUUUAUUACUCAGAGAAAUACUACGACGACGUAUUCGAGUACAGGUAAAGACACUAAAAACUCGCUACCUUCCUACCUACCUUAUCUCUUCAUUCUAGAUGGUUCGUAAGCUGGUUUUGAAGCGAAAACCAACACAGUCUAAUACAUCUUGGCAAAUUUUACUUCUUACUUGCUCUUGUUUCAAACGAAUUAGUCUUCUCUCCAAUUGUCGUUGUUACAAUUUUGACUUGGAAGAGGCACCAACUAAUACUCUCUAACUACUGUAAGUUGUCCAGUUUGUUUCAUUUGGGAAAAUAUCUGAAUAUAUAACUGUCGUUUAAAGUCUUGUGUUGUAAGAACAGAUCAGUUUAGGCGAAGGUUCAUUAAAAAAAAAAAAAAAAUGGCUACGUUUCCUUUUACGCGUCGCCCCGUGAAAAUGUAAGUUUUUUCGUUAAGACCAACUGGUGUUGAUCAUUUGGUGCCUGCUUUUCUAGACAUGUCUUGUUGCCGAAGGAAAUAGCCAAGCUUGUCCCAAAACGGCAUCUUAUGUCAGAAACCGAAUGGCGAAGUCUUGGUGUUCAACAAUCUCAGGGUUGGGAACAUUACAUGAAACAUGACCCUGGUGAGUUUUAGAUUUUGUUACGUACUGCACGGUCUUAAUUUGUGGCUCAUAAAAGUUUACAGAGCCUCUCAGAAACGCAUAUACAGUCUGGUCUGGUCAGCAUUCACUUGCAAAGUGUGACGUUCAUCCUCUCUGAAUUUUCUUUAAACUUGAAAAAUUAGCAAGGAGAGCUCUGUUUGUAAUUUUUGACCACAAAGAGUAUAUUCUCUCAUCUGCUUCCCCCUCAAGAGUUGUAGACUCUAUGCAAUUAAACCUCUCUUAACAGAAGUGAAAAGAAAGUUCUUCAGCUGAAUUAAUUGCAAGCAAAUAUAUGGAAAUAUUUUGAAAAAAACAUUUGACAGAAAGGGAGAGAAACUGUCUUUUCCAUGGUUGUGGGUAUGUGUUUGACCCUUAGAAACACAAUCCUCCAAUAAUAUGAGAAUAUUUUGCACUAUUAGUUUUACAAGUUAGAUGGAAUGAGUUGAAUGUAUACUAUUUCUCCUUGCUGUAUGAAUAUUUUCCAUGUUUAGCACUAAAUUGUUAAAUCUACAGGAAAGACGUACUUCAUGUGGUCAAAUGAGUAUUGAAAAAACCUCUAUUUUGCUGGGAUUGAAAGAAUUUUUUGCAAUGCUUAAGAUCAUCAACUUUCAUUACAAUUUUUUAAUGAAAUUUGUCAGGCUUCAUUACUUCUAUUACUUUAAUUGCACUGCACCUGCAAUGAUCAUUUUUUUCCUUCAUUAUCAAGUUUUUGGGACCAGUUUAAACAGGUCAUUAGUACUAUACAGGUCUUUUGAAGCUUUGAGGGGCUGGGGAACUGGGUACAUCCAAAAUUCUACUUAUGAUUGACUGUGUAUUUUCAGAGCCUCACAUUUUGUUAUUUAGAAGAGAAAGGACGGAUCUGCGUAAGAAUUAG